AUGAAACAUAAGGGCAGAGUAAGCCGGGAAGUCAUGAAGUGGGACGACACCACGCCUUGUCACCCAAUUUCAAUGGAUAAGAUUCUGGUUAUUGAAUUUGAAAAUUUAGGAUUUACAGGAACUUAUAAUCAAGUGGAAAAAUUCAGUGAUUUAUAUAGCGAUGAAUGCUCAUGUGAAGUGAGUAGUGAUAAAGUAACGUUUUCUGGAACCAAUGCACCAUUGAAUGAAGAAUUGAGUGUACAUUUCCGGGGACCAUUAGUAUUGAAUCGUUUUGCUUAUUAUGUUUCUGAUAAUUACGAGUAUAAUAAUAACGAUUCAUCUUCAUGGGAAAGAUUGGCUUAUUAUGAUGCAUCUCUGCAAACUAGGGAAAACGUUACGUUUUUAACUAAAGCCGGUAGGAAUUCAAGCUGCCUUGGGAAAGCAUUGACGUACGCCGAUUCCGAUGGGGUCAGCGAAGCUGAUGGGUCGACCACCCUAGCAGAAGACACCCUUAUUGAUUCAAAUGAGGAAUAUGUGAUCAUGUCAAACGUUAGUUGCGGUAGUUCUAAACUCAGUGGAGAUUGUGGGUACUAUCGAGAAGGAAUUCCUGCUUUCCAUGGACAUUAUGGAACCAUCAAGAUGUUUCUAUUUGAGUUUCGAAUGCCGCAAGAAACAAAGAUUAAAAAAGGUGAUGUAAGUAAUUGGAACAUGCCAGCAAUUUGGCUAUUACAUGCAUCUAUUCCUAGAACCUCACAGUAUCCAUCUAAUACCAAUUGUUCGUGUUGGUCAAGUGGAUGUGGAGAGUUUGAUAUUUUCGAGAUUUUGAAUAAUACUGAAUCAACUCAUUUAUAUUCAACCAUUCAUGAUUAUCAAGGUACUGGAUAUAUUGAAACCGGAUUGGCUGCCUAUGGACACAUGGAAAGAGACUUGAAUAACACCAUGGUGGGAGGAGUUGCCUUCGACAACUCGGGUAAUGCAAUAGUAUGGUUAUCCAAUCUGACUUUUUUCAAUCAAACCAUUAGUGCUAGUGAUGUUAAUUCUUGGAUAAAUAAAGCUGGCAAUUCUGUCACUGAUGAAUUGAAAAGUGUGUCUAAUUCUAUCACGAAAAAUAGUUUAGCCCCUAAGACGGACAACAGCUAUUUCACUUGUUUCUUAGUAAUGCUUGCUAGUUUAUUAAUCCUUUAA